GAGAAGUUGGAGGUGGCGCCCGGUGUUGUACUGGAAGUGUAACGUUGUGAAUUGUCACCGGUUUCACUUACACGUGACACGGAGCAGCAAAAGCGAGGAAUAAAAACUUCAUAAUUAAUAUCAAAUGUGUGACUACUAAUUACAAGGGCAAUUUCUCCAUGUCAGCACAAGCUCGACUAUGGAACACCAGCUUCUCUUUAGAUGUGGAAAGUUUACACAGUACUCUCUGUGGAGAUAUUUAGAAUUGUCAGAUGCUGCAGUGGAUUUUACGUCUAAUUAGGAUGGUUUUGCAACAAUCAACUUUUAUUAUGGAAUUGGCAGCUGGGUCUGGAAAAUCUUACGGUUCCUCUCGAAGUAUUGUGCGGAAAAUUGGCUCAAAUCUUUCUAUUAUACAAUCCCCAAGAGUUCAUUUUCAGCUUUUACCUUAUGCUUUGGAAUUAAAUAAUGGAGUUCCAGUGGCUUCUUUUGCUGAUGUUGGAUGGGUAGCUAAUGAGCAGGGGGAAACGUAUGCAAGAGUGAGGUCAGAGUUUUUUCCAAGUCCAUCUCCAUCUUUUGUGGAGAACCCACAGUAUUUUGAAAGGCCAAUAUGCAGACAGACCUCUUUACCUGUACUGGUAAAGGAAGAUCCAGAUGUCAAACCUCAGGCGGCUGCCAAUGAAGAAGCUUUACAGAAGAUCAAUGCACUGGAAAAUGAACUUGCCAGUCUGAGAGCACAGAUAGCAAAAAUUGUUACCUUUCAAGAGCAGCAACACUUGACAGCAGGUUCAAGUCCUGCUGUCCUUCCUAUGGCUAAAGGUACUUCCUCACCUGCUCCGCCGCCACCACCACCUCCACCCCCUCCUCUCCCUCCUCCUGGGCUUCAACGUAGUAUCUCUGCAAUUGACCUAAUUAAGGAGCGCAAAGGAAAGAAAAGCACAUCAGAACAACCCUUCACUGACUGUACACCAAAGAAGCCUGAAAUGCCAAACAUGCUGGAUGUACUCAAAGACAUGAACAGAGUGAAAUUACGCUCUGUAAAAAGGUCACCAGAAGCGUUAAAAUCAAGACCCUAUGACCCGGCAACGCUUAUUGCAGAAGCUUUAAAAAAGAAGUUUGCAUACAGAUACAGGAGUGACAGUCAGAGUGAAUCAGAAAAGAGUGUUCCUAAACUAGAAAACAAAUCAGCACCUGAAACUCCACUGUUUGGACCCCAUAUGCUGAAAUCUACAGGGAAGAUGAGAAGCUUAAUUGAAGCACCCAAUCCUUGAAAAAAAAAUAUAUAUAAAUAACUUAAUUUUGUACAGAUUUUUUUAGAUUCAAAAGUUUGCAAACUUAAAAUAGGACUAUGUGGUUGUGUCAGUAUUUAAAAGCAAUGCUACUUGGUUUUGGUACCCUUAAUACUUCCAAAUUGUUUUGCUGCAUAAGUUUAACACUAAAUAUUAUUCGAAUAAAUGUGCUUUUCAUACAUUGACAUAUUGAAUCUAUGUGUUCAAUUACGCAAAUAUAUUGUUUUUUUAUGUUGUUCUUGCGAUUCUGGGAAACCAAAAGUAAAUUGUUUUAACUCAUGAUAGGGUUUAUGCUUUUUCUCAACCCUAAGGUUGUAUUAAUCCUAAAAGGAAGACCUGUAAAAUGUUAAUGUCGUCAUAUUCCCAUCGGGAGAUUAUAAAAUAAAUGUUUAUUUGCUUAAAAAGA